AUGUCGUACGCUCCACCUUACGGCGAUCCUUAUGCUCGCCCUCCCCCAGAUCGUCCACCAUACGACCCCUACGGGCGCCCACCCGCUGAUCCUUAUGCGCGCCCUCCUCAAGAUGGAUAUGACCGUCCUCCUUACGACGCCGGUCGCCCAGCAUACGACCGGGCCCCAUACAGUGCACCCCCACCUCUAGCUCGUCCUCCUCCAGGUCCCCCGCCUCCCCUGCCCCAGGGCUGGGUCCAGGAAUGGGAGCCCAACGCCCGUCGCGCGUUCUACAUAGAACAGGCUACUGGUCGCUCUCAGUGGGAGACGCCUUACCAGCAGCCCGCCUACUCUGGGUACAAUGAUGGUUCUCGCAGCGUUCCUCCUCCCGCGCCCCAGGGUGGAUACUAUGCGCCUCCCCAGGGCCCUCCACCUGUGCCUUACAAUAAUCCUAGCCCUAGCUACUAUCAGCAGCCGGAGCCUGAGAAGAAGAGCAGCAAUGCUGGGAAGUAUCUCGCAGCUGGUGCUGCUGGUUUGGCCGUCGGUGGUCUUGGCGGUGCUUUGCUCGCACAUGAGCUUGGUGAGGACUCUGAUAGGUCAGAUCGCGAAGAAGCCUACGAGCAGGGACGUCGCGACGAAGAAGAGGCUCAUGAGUCAGACCACAGUGAUGGUGGUUGGUGA